CCCCGGUCCGUCCUGCUCCGCCUCGCGUCCCGUCACGGCCCCCUCUCCUCGCCAUCGCUCCUCGGCCUCGCGGCAUCGCCUCCUCCCCUCCCUUCCCCUUUCUCCCCACGCGAAUAAAGGCGCCGGAGGCAACGCGCGCACCAAGCAAAGUCUCCCCCGCGCGCGGGAUCGGGAGGGAGGGCCGCGGCGGAGAAGCUGCGCGCUAGGGCAGGUUAGGCUAGGGGGUUCCCAGCCGUCUCGUUCCCGCGGCGGGCGACCGAUGCGCGGCGCAUGGCGGCGGUGAACUGCCUCUACGUUGCGGCCGCCUCCACGGCGGCCAGUGCCGCCGCGCUGCAGUGGUGGGCGUCCUCGCUCCUCGACGGCGAGGCCGGGGCGGGCGGGGACGGGGACUGGCUCGGGGCCGUGCUGCGGUCGCGGGUCACCAUCGCACUCCUCGCGAAUCUGGCAGCGAACGCGUUCCUUGUCAUCAUUCUCGCGCUCAAGACUCUAUUUUUUGUUCAGCUAACUUCUCUAGAGACAAGAAAAGUAUUGGAGCACAUCAUUAACUAUGUAAUAUACAAGGGAACUUUUCUCCCACUGGUUGUGCCUCCUAGUUCUCAACAAAUUAUCCUUUGGUCAACUUGGUUGGUCAUUCUUUGUUCACUGAAGAUGUUUCAAUUAUUGGCCAGAGAACGUCUUGAACAGCUCAAUGCGUCUCCCUCAGCGACUCCAUCAAAAUAUUUUCGUGUGUACUCUGCAUUGCUUUUGGUUUUAUCAGCUGAUCUACUAUGGAUGAAGUUCUGUGUUGGGUUCUGCAGCUCCUGUAAUUCCAAGUUAUUUUGGCUCCUGUUCUUUGAGCCACUUAGUAUUGCCUUCGAUACACUGCAGUCUAUCAUGGUGCAUGGGUUCCAGUUUUUUGACAUCUCGCAGCGACAUCUAAUGGAAAGUGGCACAGACUUUCUUGAUUUCCAAAAAUCUUAUAAGCAAGCAGCAGGAUCUUUUUCUGAAUGGAGGGGAAAGCUUACCAGGAAUUUUGGUUUUGCAAUUGACUUGAUAAGUUUGUUGAUGUCACUUGGUCAUUACUCAAUGAUCUUUUGGCUUCGUGGUAUGGCAUUUCAUCUGGUUGAUGCAGUUCUCUUACUGAACUUGCGUGCUCUUAUUGUUUCAUUUUUGAAGAGGAUUAAGACUUAUAUCAAGUUACGGAAGGCUCUUAGUUCACUCGAUGGAGCACUUCCAGAUGCUACAUAUGAUGAAAUUUGCGAAUAUGAUGAUGAGUGUGCCAUCUGCAGGGGACCAAUGGCUCGAGCUAAAAAGUUGUCCUGCAAUCAUCUGUUUCAUCUAGCUUGUUUGCGAUCAUGGUUGGAUCAAGGACUAAUGGAAGGUUACUCCUGCCCAACUUGUCGGAGACCCCUCUCUGUGUCGUCUGAAGGGCAUACUAGGCCCACAACUGCUGAGGUAGCGAAUGUUCAGCGAAUUGCGGAACAGCUUACAAUGGGGUUGAAUCAGCAUAGAGUUCCUGGUAAUGAACAUCCUGUUGAACAGCAGAACCCUUCAGAUGCUGUCUGGAGAGGUGCAGGUCUCGAUGCUAGCUGGGUUCCACCAUGGUCAAGCCCUGUGAUGGACAAUCCCAGCUCCUCUAGUGCAGUGAGGUCAGUAGGUCUAACCGGAGUUCAGAUGAUGAUGAGGCAGUUGGCUUCUGUGACCGACAAUUACGGUCAUGCUGAUGGCACCUGGAACCUAUGGCCUGAGACAAUGGCAGGGUCCUCUCUUGUUCCAUCCACUUCCUCGGUACCUGAUAAUGCAGCUGCCGCUGGAUUGCGGCUCCGAGGCGCUGCAGGCACUACUCGCAAUGGAAGUCUUUCGGAGGUACUCACCAUGGUAGAUAGAGUACGGGAAGUUUUACCUCAUAUCCCUGACGAGCUAAUUAUAGAGGAUUUGAUGAGGACAAACAACAUAAACGCUACUGUGAAUAAUCUUCUGCUGAUGCAAUAGUAGAGACAUCGGCAAUACUACAUAUAAGUAUGAUGUUUACUGGCUAUAAAAGCUUACAAGAAAAGUCUGUAUAGUUAAAGGCGAGCAUGGGUGUAAUAACACUCUUUGGUUCUGUAAUAAAGGCCCCUUUUCCCCUUUAUUUUUUGUUACCAGUGGUUUGUAUAGCAACCAUAGUUGUAUAAUAUCAUGCUCGAUAUGCUGUAGGUUAGUGUAUGUAGAAAGAUGUUACCAUCGUAAUAAAAUUUGUUUUGGGAUA